CGGAGAUUCGUCAUUGGCAGAGCUUAAAACUUCCUCAACCGUCCAUUUUUACACCCAUCUCCAUAUCAAUUAUCGAAUAUCAUAUUCAGACCUUUGAUUUUGUUCUUCUUCUUCUUCAAUUCAACUAUGGCUCCUCUUUCUCUUGAUACUAUCAAUCCAAAGGUUCUGGAAUGUGAAUAUGCGGUUCGUGGUGAGAUUGUCUCCAUUGCACAGAGGUUACAAGAAGAAAUAAAGGCUAAACCUGGUUCUCAUCCAUUUGAUGAGAUUCUUUACUGCAAUAUUGGAAAUCCUCAGUCUCUUGGUCAGAAGCCAAUAACAUUUUUCCGAGAGGUUCUUGCAUUAUGUGACCAUCCUGCUAUUUUGGACAAAAGUGAAACACAGGGUCUAUUCAGUGCCGAUGCUAUUGAGCGGGCACGGAAGAUUCUUAAUCAAAUUCCUGGAAGAGCAACUGGUGCUUACAGUCAUAGUCAGGGUAUCAAGGGAUUACGUGAUACAAUAGCUGCUGGAAUUGAAGCUCGUGAUGGUUUUCCAGCUGAUCCAAAUGAUAUUUUUUUGACUGAUGGCGCAAGUCCAGCAGUUCAUAUGAUGAUGCAAUUACUGAUUAGAUCAGAAAAGGAUGGAAUUCUUUGUCCCAUUCCUCAGUACCCCUUGUACUCUGCAUCAAUUGCUCUCCAUGGUGGCACUCUGGUUCCUUACUAUCUUGACGAAGCAACUGGGUGGGGACUGGAAGUCUCUGAGCUUAAGAAGCAAGUAGAGGAUGCGAAGUCCAAAGGUAUCACUGUCAGGGCAUUAGUUGUGAUCAAUCCAGGCAACCCAACUGGACAGGUUCUUGCCGAGGACAACCAGCAAACAAUAGUAGAGUUUUGCAAGCAAGAAGGUCUUGUUCUUCUGGCAGAUGAGGUUUAUCAAGAAAACGUAUAUGUACCAGAGAAGCAGUUUCACUCAUUUAAGAAGGUAUCUCGGUCCAUGGGGUAUGGUGAAGAGGAUAUAUCUUUAGUAUCCUUCCAGUCUGUCUCUAAAGGGUACUAUGGAGAAUGUGGAAAGAGAGGGGGUUAUAUGGAGGUCACUGGGUUUUCUCCUGAAAUAAGGGAGCAAAUAUAUAAAAUGGCAUCUGUAAAUCUUUGUUCCAACAUUUCUGGUCAAAUUCUCGCCAGUCUUGUCAUGAGUCCACCCAAGGUUGGAGAUGAAUCCUAUGAAUCAUAUUCUGCAGAGAAAAAUGGAAUUCUGUCAUCCCUUGCCAGACGUGCAAAGACAUUGGAAGAUGGAUUGAACAAUUUGGAGGGGGUGACAUGUAACAAGGCAGAGGGAGCAAUGUAUCUGUUCCCUCGCAUCCGUCUGCCUGAAAAGGCAAUUAAAGCUGCAGAAGCUGCAAAGAAAGCCCCUGACGCAUUCUAUUGUCAGCGUCUUCUCAAUGCAACCGGAGUUGUCGUCGUUCCUGGUUCUGGCUUUCGACAGGUUCCGGGCACAUGGCAUUUUCGGUGCACCAUACUGCCUCAAGAGGAUAAGAUUCCGGCAAUUGUAUCCCGCCUGUCCGAGUUCCACAAAAGUUUCAUGGAUGAGUUUCGUGACUGAGGGAAUUUCACCUUCUUAAUAAUUAAGAGAGUUGCAUAAUAUGAUGUAUUUGAACAUGUUAAAAACACUGAUGGACAGUGCUUUCGUUCAUUUUGUUCCUUUUGCUCAAGAAAUAGACAUUUUGUUUUCCAUUUUAUGUAGUCAGACUCAUAAGAAUGUUAAGAGGUGUAAUCUUAUAAUGAGAGAUCUAGAGAGAGUUUGUGUUGCAGAA